UAAUGUAAUAUGUACACUUUGCUAUGUGUACUCAAGACAGCAGGUUGAAGAAAUGCCUCUGGGAAUGGAAGGGGGGAGACGCUACAUCAGUGUCACCACACUAACCUCUGCUGGGAACAUUGGGGAAGAUGGCAUCCUGGGCUGCACUUUUGAACCUGACAUCAAGCUCAGCAACAUAGAGAUUCGGUGGGCUAAAGCUGGGGUCUCUGGGAUGGUGCAUGAGUUUAAAGGCGGCAAGGACCAUCUAAAGGACCAGGAUGAAGUGUUCAAGGGCCGGACAGCGGUGUUCGCAGAGCAGGUGAUUGGUGGGAACGCCUCCUUGAUGCUGAGAGAUGUGCAGCUCUCCGAUGCUGGUGCUUACAAGUGCUCUGUCACCACAUCCAAAGGGAAUGGAGAAGCAGGGCUGGAAUAUAAGACCGGAGCCUUCAGCUCUCCAGAGAUGCAUGUGGAUUACAACAGCAGCAUGGACACCCUGCGGUGUGAGGCUCCUCGGUGGUUCCCGCAACCUGUCGUGGUUUGGACCUCACACAAUAACACCAGGGACAACUUAUCUGAGGUCUCCAACACCAGCUUCAAGCUGAACUCUGAGAAUGUGACUAUGAACGUGGUAUCUGUUCUGCACAACAUCACAGCUAAUACUACCUAUACCUGUGUUAUCAAGAAUGACAUUGCCAAAGCUACAGGGGACAUCGAAGUGACAGAUUCCAGCAUCAAGACGACUGUUCAUUUGCAGCUACUGACCAUGAACAUGGCAUCAGCCUCCUUAUCCCCUCUUGCCCUUUACUGGAUACUUCUACCUCUCCUGUACCUGAUGGCUUUGUAGUGCUUGAUCUCCAUAAAGAAAUGUGAAGAGGAGAUAGAACUGGAGAUGAUGAAUUCCACAAGCAUACCAGGCGGGAUUAAGUGAGAAGGAAGACGUCCGAACCAGAGAAUGGGACACAUUUUCUUAUCUAGAUAACUUAGUGAUCAAAACUUUGGUAUUAUCGAUCUAUGAAGGCUCUAGCCUUGAUCACGCAGCUGGAAAAAGGAUUUGCCACAUUGGAUCAGAUUGGUGCCUUGAGUUCAGCAUAUUAGAAUAUGCAAAUUGUGUAUUUUCUUAAAAUGACCUAUAACAUUUGAUUACCCAGGCCUCACUAAUCUAUCAGAAUUCUCUGAAUGUGUCAAUAAAAUAAUGGAUUAAGAAAAACUACUUGACAAUUUAUUUGAACUUUGUCAAAGGGUUUAUAAAAGUCCCAUACUAAAGAAGCUAUGUAGUCAUGAUGCAAGAAGCUGGCUAAGAGAGAGAAAACAAAGGCUAGGAAUAAAUUAAUGUUCAUCAUGGCAAAGGGUGAAUGGUGGGGAACUAUAUUAGGAUUUUGGUUGUUUA